AUUUCAUAUGUAACAUUUUUACCUAUAACUAUAUUUACCAGAAAAUAAUAUAUAUGAUUAGGGGAUGUAGAACGAAUUAAUUCUAUCUUAUAGACCUGUAAAUAGGUAAAAAAAAUAGGCUAAAUAACCUGAAAUUACGGAGAUACCCAAUGAAGAUUGGCUACAAUACUAUUUGCUUUAAAAUAGGUCAUUUAAUACUGGUAUAUUGUUUUCAAAGCAAGGAAUGAGAAAGUAAUUUUCAGGCAAUACCGCCUUAAAUGUUCCGCAGGCCGUAAGGAUAAGCAGAUUUACUUGGGAAGGUAACACCACUUAAAAUUAAUGGAAGAACAUAACAAUAUUAUUUGCCAAGAAUCACCACAGGAACACCUAGAUCUACAGAAUGAUGAUGAGUUUUAUUUCUGGAGAAGGAACUGCCCCUACUUAUAUGACUCAAUGCUUUCUUACACACUAGAAUGGCCCACACUCACAUUAGAUUGGCUACCAAAUUCUUAUAAAUCUGCUGAUGGCACAUACUCUGUGCAUAAAAUUAUAUUUGGUACCCAUACAAAUGGUGAGGAUCAGAAUCAUUUGAUAGUUGCAGAGGUCCACUUGGCAGACUCUUUUGAAGCCGAAGAUCUAAUGUGCCAUGAAAGCUUUGCUGAGUAUCGCUAUAAUAAUGAUACUAAUAUUAGUUCAUCAAUUCAAUUUGAAAUAAAGGCAAAGCUUAACCACCCUGGAGAAGUAAAUAAAGCACUACACAUGCACCAACAUCCAUUCAUCAUUGCUACAAAGACAGCUACAAAGAAGGGUGAUACCCUAUUAUUUGACUACUCUAAACAUGAAUCAUUUUCAUCAGAUGAUCUUGUCCGUCCACAGCUCGUAUUAACAGGCCAUAAUAAUGAGGGUUAUGCACUAAGCUGGAAUUUCUCUAAUGAAGGUUUUUUGAUAUCAGGUGGAAAGGAUAGUCGCAUAUGCUUUUGGGAUAUUGCAAAUUACACUGAAGGUGGAAUAGGUUCAUAUUGUAAUACAAAGAGUGGAAUUUAUAAUUGUGAAUAUUAUAGUAAUGAUAAUACAGGUUGCACAGAGUCUAUAAGGUCAAUAGAAGCUCUUAAUUCCUACGAAUGGCACAAGGGUGAAAUUAACGAUGUGCAGUGGCAUCCAUCACACGCUUAUGUAUUUGCCUCUGUAUCCGAUGAUAAAUUCCUAGCCUUAUGGGAUAUUAGGGAAAAGUCAAUGAACCCAUCACAAUAUUCUGAAAGUCCCAAUUGCAAUAUUUUGAAUUCCAUAUCGUUUAAUUGUUUUAUACCUACUGUAUUUGCAACUUCUGAUUCAGGUGGCAAAAUUAAUAUAUGGGAUCUACGUGAUUUAUCACACCCUAUUAAAAAUAUUAAGUAUCACAGGCCCAUUGCUAAGAUAGAAUGGUCUCCUUGGUGCCCCAAUAUUAUUGCUUCAGCAUGUGGGGACAAUAGAGUAGUUUUAUGGGAUAUAUGCAAAGAAUCAAACCAAAGUGACUCGACAUCUUCAGAAAUAAUAUUCAGUCAUGCAGGCCAUGGUGCUCCUAUAUCUGACUUUUCUUGGAACUAUAGUAACCAUGGAGAUCCCUUAUUAAUUGCAUCUGCAUCUGAAGAUAACACUAUUCAAUUCUGGCAAAUCUCAGAUAUAUUCCUUUGACUGAAGUCUUUUACAAGUGGUAUAUAGUAACAAAGUUAUCACCCUAAUAUUAUGAGAAUACUAGUUAGAAACAAAUCUGAAUCUAUGGUCAUUCUCUUUACCAUGUAUUUCUUUAAAAACAUUCGACUUGUUAGAAUGAUUAACUAUCGUAAAUAUACGACUUAGUCCUGUACCAACUGAACAUAUCUUACCAACUGAUAUUGAACUUGCAGGACUUUUUAGUGAAUCGAUAGCACCCCUUGAACAAGCAUCAGCUAAGAAUUUUAUACUAGUUUCAAAUGACAUUUGUAAAAAAGGAGAUGUACUGUGAGCUACAUUACCAACUCUACUAAAUACGCGUAUAGAGCCACUAAAUGUCACUGUAUCUCCAAUUAAUGACAAGUGUCUAUAGUCAACAUUGAUACCAUAAACUGCAAAUACAUUUGUUAAUUCAUUUAUAAGACACUUUCUUGCAGCUUCAAUGCCAUAAUAUUUGUAUACUGUUUGGAUAUCAUUGGAUCUUAUAUUAUUGUGUAACACCAAAUCAGGUGAAAUAUUAUAUA